AUGCCUGUUGAUCCCCGUUCCCGUGACGCCCUUGAGUGCUCCAGCGAGCGCGAGUGGCGCUCCCGCGUCCGUUGCGCAGCCGCCAAGCGCCGGCGGAAGAUGGCACGCACUGCACAGAAGGAGGGUAUGACUGCCCUUCGCCCCUCCCCCAAGGCUGCCCGCAAGUCGGCUGACACGGUGUUCGGCCAUGCUGCCGCUGUCCCGGAGCCGCCGACCAGCCUACGCGCCCCGCCGUCCGUCUCCGCCCCGCCAUCUGUCCUCGGCCGCUCCGCGCACACCUGCAGCGGUCCCGACGACGCAGAUGCUGUCCGUCGUGCCUUGGCCAAGAUUCAACACUGUUUCCGCGGCGAGCGCAGUGGAGCCCGUCACCAUCGGGGCUCUCGCUACGCCGCCUGCUCGGACGCCCCUGCUGUCUCGCCAUCGCCGCCGCCGCCGCCACCACCGCUUGUCACACAUGCCACACCUAAGCCGACCCGGCGUGCCGCCAUCGGCCGCUCGGCGCGCAUCCGGCGGUCGCCGGCCAGCGACGACAUCGCCAGUUUUGAUACCUCAGACGAUGAGUACAGUACCAGCGAUGAUGAGAGCAACGUCCCUAGUUGUGAGUCUUCCAGCAGCAGCGACCUGCCGCUCUUGCCGCCCACUCCAGCGCGCACCGGCGUCGCUAGGGAGAUCGACUCGUGGCGUGGCCUUGUUGUCGGGUACGCCUCCCUGAUGGCCAAGUCCGGUAUGCAGACCUCCCGUCACCAUGCUGCUGUGCAAGUAAUGCUCGCUGAGUCAUGCUUCAUACAAGCAUCCAGCGACUCUGCUGCUACUCCACCUCCCAUGGCGCCCAUCGGCUACGACGACUUCACCAGCGGGUUCUUUUGA